AUGGGACCUCUCGUUACCUCCACACCAGGCCGCCCCCUCAACAACGACGUAUCACCCGUCAGGGAAGAUGUCGAAGCCCGCCGACAACGCCAGACGCUGCUCACCGGCACAGCCUCGCGCGCCGGUCCAAGCCCAACUCCACAGCAGCCACUGCCGCCAGCGCACCUGUCCUCGUCGAAGCCGGCACCCAAGAGCGGAAUCCCCAUGAUGCGCCGGCAGAGAUUCAAGGAGCAGAGCCGCGCCGUCACCCCUGGCACUGCCGCCUGGUCACCCAGCCCUGACCGCCAGCAGGCAUACGGCAACGUCUCGACCGUCUCGGCAGCACCAUCGUCAUCAUCACCAUCGUCAUCAUCACCAGCUCACCGAUCCCGACCACCCACAUCCAAACCACUAUCACCGACCAUGGCCUCCCUGGGCCAGCGCAUGCGUCAGCUAGGCGGCGGGAGCAAACCUGUGCCGGUGCACAGCCGACCGGCCUGGAACGGUGCCAGCGGUCGGGAGACCGUUCCGCCACCGGUGUACGACGACCCCGAGGCGCCGCCGCUGAGUCUGCCUGUCAACAGCAGGGUUCAGCUUCCGCAGGUGCCGGCGCCGCCACCGACCUCGACGAUCACGAGGGCGCCGUCAUCAUCCCCGCCCGAGGAGGCUGCUCCCUCACCACCCCGUGCCCCCCCUGCGAUGCCAUUCGCCGCCGCCGCCGCCGAGCAGCCCCGACUGAAUUCCAUCAAGUCGAUCAAGCGGAAACCAGCGCCUUCAGCGGCGACGGGGCCGCCACCAAGCCUGCCGCCUUCCCAGUCCCACUUCAGCCUAUCGACCGCGUCCACGUCACGUCCCGGCGGAGGGUCGUCAGGGGGCGGGACACCGUCGGGCUACGGCCGCACAGGCGAAGAGGCUGCGCCCCCAUCAGACCACCACCGCGACAACGUGAUGAUGACGCCGCGGACGACAGCCGGCCGCCCCCCGUCAAUCGCGUCGCUCAGCAAGGCCCUGCCCCCCGCCCCGCCGGAGAUGGUGGACACGACGGACCGCGUGGCCGUGCUCAGCGUCAAGCUCGACGCCCUGGCGCACCGGCGCAACAACGUCAGCAUGAGCAUCAAGCAGAUGACGGAGCUCAUGCCGGCGGACCGCCUGCUCGAGAGCACAGAGGUGCUGCGCAAGCGCGGCGAGGAGAAGGCCAAGGUCGAGAAGCUGCGCGAGGAAUUGGCCGAGAUCCAGCAGCAGGAGUACCAGCUCGGACUCAAGCUGCACAGGGCGUACAAGCGACAGGACAGGGAGGAUGCGUUGAUGGGCGACGAUCCGAGCAGGCUCCGCACGCCCAUCGCUACCCGGUACGAUAGACCGGGCGAAGGUAUCGGCACCCUUGCCGCCGCCGCUUCUGCAGCUGCUGAUGAUGCCGCUGCGGAUGUGUCGUCUAGCAAUUCCGGUAGCCGGGGGAACAUGUCGAGUCCCGUAUCUGGAUCCGGCAUGACGAGGGAGUAG